ACGAAUAAACUUGCGUAAAAACGUGCAUAGAAACAUACGUACUACCGAACAACCUCGCUCACCCGCGCCAACACUCCGAACGGCAGCCCUAUAUAAUCGCCACUACAAUGACAAAUCACGCAGCGCUUCGCAAAAAAAAAAAAAAUCGCAAUUCUCCCCACAAGUGAGAAUUACCAAAGGGUAUCACUGCUCAGGUUAUUCUCACCCCCUGAACCCAAAACAACUGUCGUAGGAAAUGUCGAAGUAUAGAGCCCCCCUCCCUCCGUACAAUUUCAAAAGCAAAAUAGAGAAAAUCGACGAGGAGUUCCGCAGGAGUGGCACCUUCAGACGGAUAAACAACCGCAAGAACAAUGAAAUCAGGGAUAUGUUCAUAAAACUGGGGUCCGAUGGAUAUUCUGACGCGUCCUGUUUCUACUCCCUGGGAAACACCAAAAUAUUGGCACUCAUAUACGGACCGAAACCCGACUCCAAGAAUGCAACUUACGACAAGGGAAAGGUCUUUUUGGAAAUCAGAAGUUUGAAUAUGAAUGACGAUGGGGCCAACGACGAGAGCGAUGAGAAUAUUAAAAACCUGCUAAUAGAAUGCGUUUCGAGCGUCAUUCUGCUGGACCAGUACCCGCAGUGCUCCAUUAACAUAAAGUGCCUAAUCAUUCAGAACGAUGGAGGCUGUCUGAGUGCCACCCUGACGUGCAUAUCGCUUGCAUUGACGAAUGCCCAAAUUAAAAUGCGGGACAUUAUCGUGUCCGUAAAUGUGAAUUCGAUCAUUUGCCCCAACACGAAGAGAGUGUUUCAUCUUGUGGACGUGGACAGUUUGGUAAACACUGAGGAAAAGUACUACGGGGGGAAAUACGACACUAACAGCAUAACCCUGGGGAUCUGUCUGAACCUGAGAACAGUGUGUUUCUUUCACGGGUCCGGGAAUUCCUUUAACAGCAAAACGUUGUCCGAGAUUAUCAGCUACGCCGAAUGCGCGUGUAGAUCCCUGGGGUGCGAAAUAAAGACGGUGUUAAAAAACUACAUGGCGAAGAAGCACGAGAUUUCGUGCGCCUAG